AUGAAUGUGCAAUUCCAUUUCAAUUUCAUGGUUGUACUGCUACUGUUUCCUUUAGCAGCUCCGGUAUCGGCAACAUUCCCAGUUGAGCUGAUUCUGUCUCUGAAGAUCAUAGGUUGGGAUGUGAUGAUACGUGUGCAAUGCAGCAAGAAUCAUCAUCCCGGUGCUAGGUUCAUGGAAGCGCUUAAGGAGUUGGAUUUGGAAGUGAAUCAUGCGAGUUUAUCGGUUGUGAAUGAUUUGAUGAUUCAACAAGCUACUGUGAAGAUGAUGGGGAGCCAGUUUUUCAAUCAUGAUCAGCUCAAGGUUGCUUUAAUGGCCAAAGUUGGAGACUGCCAUUGA